AAAAUUGAAACCAUCUUCUUCGUUGAAACUCUCUGCGUAGACGAAAAUGCCGUCGAAGGAAGAAUACGGCAUCCCUUACACACCUCUUCCUUCAUCACAACCUUCUCAAACCGUUAUCGUUCUAACUCCAUACCGCCGUAAUCGUCGUCCUUCCUUCCUCCGCAACCUCCGCUGCUCUCUCCUCUUCGCCGCCGCAAUACUCCUCCUCUCCGCCGCCGUUUACUUCCUCUACCCCUCCGAUCCAGACAUCAAUCUCUCUCGAAUCCAGCUUAACCACAUACGUGUCUUAGAUUCGCUGAAACCCGCUCUUGAUCUCUCGUUUUCCCUCACAAUCAAAGUUCGGAAUCGCGAUUUCUUCUCCUUUGAUUAUGAUUCACUUGUUGUCUCGAUUGGGUAUAGAGGGAGAGAGCUAGGGCUUGUGAAGUCGCGAGGCGGACAUCUUCGUGCUCGUGAUAGCUCUUAUGUUAAUGCGACGCUUGAGCUCGAUGGUCUUGAGGUUGUUCACGAUGUGAUUUACUUGAUCGGAGAUUUGGCCAAAGGUGUUAUACCUUUUGAUACAAUCGCUCAGGUCACAGGUGAUCUUGGUGUUCUUCUCUUUCAAAUCCCAGUUGAGGGUGAAGUGUCUUGCGAGGUCUUUGUUAAUGUUAACAGCCAGAAAAUUUCACACCAAGAUUGUCAUAAUAAGUGAAACAAAAAAAACCUGAGCUGGUCACAGAUGAGAGAGGAAGAGACCAGAUACAUAUGUGUUGAUUUGUAAGAUUUUGUAUAGAUAAAUACUACUGGAUUUUCAUUCCAAAGUCAUAUGAUUCUUAUAUAUUCUAUACUUUCAAACAGAUACUAUCACUUUAGGUCAAAGUGUGAUGAAGAUGUUAUUGACUUGUUAAGUUCUUA